AUGUUUCCUCCGGCACAAGGCUUGCGCCUGGAUAUCGAUGCCAUCAGCCAGAUUUUUGGUUCGAUAAGUAUCGCAUGCUGGAUCGUGGUCUUCUCACCUCAAAUCAUAGAAAACUGGAAGAGAAGCUCGGCAGAUGGUCUGUCGGUUGUUUUCAUCGUAGUAUGGCUUCUCGGAGACUUCUUCAACAUCAUAGGAGCGGUGCUCCAGGGUGUCCUGCCGACAAUGAUCAUUCUUGCUGUGUACUACACACUGGCUGACAUUGUCUUGCUUCUUCAAUGCUUCUGGUACAAAGGCUUCACCUUACGCGAUGACUACAAGAAGCCUGAAUCGGACGACGAUAGUAGUGUGGCCAGCGAGCAAUCACCACUUCUUUCCGAUCGCAGACCACAGUCAAACGGAUCCCCAUACAACAACAAUAAUGGCAAUGGGAUCGAAGUACAGCGACCGCGCAUUUCCGAUAUCGACCGACGUGGGUCUGGCCACUCCCAAGGAUCAUUCCGCGAGCGCUUUCUGUCGAUUGACGGCACACAUCUCUCACCUGUCACACCGCUCCACGAUGACCCCACAUCGGGACGUCGGAAUAGUGUGAUUGCGGUCAGGCAGCAGCCCCAAUCCAGCCUGCAAACGAUCAUCUUCAAUCUUGGCACCAUUGUCCUCGUAUGCGCCGCCGGUGUCUUUGGCUGGUACCUCAGCGCCCGGAACUCGCCCGCCCCCAGUCCGCCUGACGAGCAUGACCCCUCACCUGAAUCUAGCUUGCACUUCAAUUUCUGGGGUCAGGUGUCCGGAUACGUUUGCGCUGUACUCUAUCUUGGGUCACGUGUUCCACAGCUCCUGCUCAAUUACCGCCGCAAGUCCACCGAAGGCAUCAGCAUGCUAUUCUUUCUGUUUGCCUGUUUGGGCAACCUGACGUACGUGCUGAGUAUCUUGGUAUACAAGCCCAAGUGUGGCAACGGCGUUUGUCGAGACGGUGAGGGAAGGGCUGAAUAUGGCAAAUAUAUCGCCGUCAAUAUGAGUUGGUUACUGGGCAGCUUCGGCACUCUCCUAUUGGAUGCAGGCGUCUUUGUCCAGUAUUUCAUGUACAGGAAAGACGAUGAGAGCGACGAGGAGUAG